GUUUCUUCAGACUUCAAUCAUCCAAUCCACCAAAUGGGAGUUAAUGGCAGAAUAAGCUGGUUGGCAUUGGCCAUUUUUAUGUUUAUAAAUGCUGGAAACUCAUUGUAAAAAAACAACCUGUAAAGCAGGAGAAGUCCCUCCUUUCUUCAGCCUUGUGACAAAGGCGUGGUUUAACCUUUGACCCCACCGCCUUGCUUGGUCCACUGUUCUCACUGCCUCACAAUCACUCGGGUUAGAUCAAUUCCAGAAAUCUUAAUUUCACAAUUUGUAUGAUUUGUUUUAAUGCAAACUAAUAUCAUACAAGUGCAAAUUGUCAAAGUCUCAAAAUGAGUCAGUUUUUCAAUCAGGAAUUGUUGCAGCUAAUCCAUGUGUAGUUUUUGGAUGGCGUAUAUUUUUCUCUUCCUGGAUAAACAGCAGGUGGAUGCGGCAGGUUGGGUAUUAAAACCAGAAAAUUAGAUCUGUUCAUGCCAAAAUAAGUGCAGGGAACAUAAAAGUCUGGUGAGUGUUAGAGAAGAUGUGUCCUUUCACAUCCGCCUUGAAGGCAAUACUGCAUGUUAAGGCCCUGACACACCAGGCGGAUGGUUGGAGAGUGUCCGUCCACUUAGUUUACGUGGCGUGCCAACACAGACAAACUAGUGCUAGUCGCUCCGUGUCGGUGGUUUAUCGACGGCGGAGCACCCGUGGGAGAGAGAAAUCUCUCUGAAUGACUGUUCAGUUCAAGCAAUUCAGUGCCAGAGAAGGGAAACGGAAAUGAGGCAAGCAAACAAGUAAAGUCAAAAGGCCACACACAGAAAACUCUUCUGAAAAAGCCAAUCCUAUUUUCACACCGACAUGGCCAUUUGGUAUGAAGCCAAGUGCUGAGCGCACCGCUGCUGGUAUGGAGAGUUGCGUCCUUUCAUGCAGGUGCAGAACGUAUGUGCUAGUUGGUUGUUGGCUGAAGGCUUUGCGGUGUGUUCAAGUGCAACUUUUUGCCCAAGACACAGGCAACUUGAGGUGAUGAAACAGUCUGCCUUCAUCGCUGCUAGUUCUUUGAUGUGUGUCUUGGUGUUUAGAGCUAUAGUCCUUUAGUCACAGCAGGACUGUGAUAGUGUGACAAAGAGCCAACAUGCGCAACACAACAACCCUCAAACUGAAGCGACUACAUGGAAUUCAGCCUUCAUUAUUCUUCCGAUUUAUUUAUUAUCAUUAUUACUUCCACCUGCGCUCUUCCUACUGUGACAUGUCAACGUGUUCAAGUCAUAGAAUGUCUUCGUGAUGUUACCGGCGGCAGUACAUUCGUAAACUUUAGCCCUUUCAAACAUGCACUACAUCAUUUAACUACAUCUUUAUGUCACACUCGGGUUUGAAUAAUCUCACAAGUCACUUUUCCGUAAAGGUCACGGCACAUGUCAGAAUUGAAUGCGUUCGCAUUAUGGAAAGGCUGCUGCAGCACAACAUUAUAUAUUUAAAAUGUUUACCUUGCCAUGAAAAGAAUAGUCUCCUCAAACCCUCGCCAAGGAAAGGAAUUAGCAUAUUUCUCAGCAGGUGGUCAUCAGCAAAAGUUCACCUUCACAUACAGUAUGUUAGCAAACAGGAAAUAAACAAGAGUUACAAGCUACGGUCUUGUCAGUAUUUUAUACAAUUCUGAUCCAUACAUAAUUACAUAAUGGUGAGAGAAGGUCAGCGUCAGCAAUUACGGUUUUAAUAUGAACAGAAGUUUCAUCAUUGAUGUAGUGUGGGAACAGAUAGAGGCAGACAUUAACACCAAUGCCUUCUAUUUAAUAAACUCAAAGAAUUAGAAACUGAAGAGUGGAGUAUAUUGAUAAUUCCUCCCUCAGGACAGUUUAUAGCAUGAGGAAUGGCUGUCGAGGAUGGCUCAUACGAGUGGCUGAUUUAGUGGUCAUUAACUCCAAGAUGGUGGCCAGGUCACCUCAGUUUUAUAUGCCCUUUGGAAGUUCAGGCAGGGAACGGCUGCAUUGAUCUGCUGGUCAUCUGGGUUCCAAAAAGCAAAUGCAUCCGGGGAAUGUGAGGUGGAUCAUUGUAAAUCUAAUCUGCAGGAGUGGAAGAGACUGAAACGCUGAGGUCAGCUCCCACAAACAGAAGCAGCAGCCUCUGAGGCGACUCAUCACAAAGAGUCCUGACGGCAGAACAGGGACCAACUGAACCUCAUGUGUAAUGACAGACCACGUACAGGAGCCUGUGACCUACAGAGGGAAUGUCCACUGGCAGUAAAGCCAUUAUUUAUGAGGAUUAGACAUAAAACUGAGCAGUCCAAUAGCCCAGGUUUGGAAGCACUGAGUUAAUCGAUCAGAGAAUUGAUUGAUAAAUAAAUCUAACUAGUAAAAAACAAUACCAAUAUGUCUGUUCUUUCAUUAGAUUAUGUCCCUCUGAAACAUUUCUAAGAAAAUGAGUUAUUGUCCUCUUUGAAGAAAAGCUAAUGAACAGCAGCAUAGAAACGUGAUAUUUUAACAUCAAAUGGAAGGUAUACUGUAAUCCCUGACUUUCGUAUUGAGCAUCCCUCAUGAUGUUUUUUUCCCUUACUGACACACAUUUUUGUCAGUUUUUAUUGAAUACAUCAAGUAAACGACUGCAAAAAAAAGCCAUAUAGGUCGCUUUUACAAGCAGCUUAUUGCGACCCAUAUUUCCGUUUGUUUGUUGAGUGUCAAAGUCUGAUGAGGUCGUGAUGGAUGUUUGGGUCAAACAACCAGGACUUCCCCCAGGAGACCUAAGUAAGUUAACUUGUGUAACGUACUUGUCCUUUAUGUACCUACGUUACAUAACAAAUGUAUAUAUUUUUCCCCAAAAGAGUAAACUUUUCCUAAACCUAACCACAUGGUUUUGUUUCCAUUCACAUUUUAGACCAUGCGUUUAAAACUGCGACCGUUUCACAGCGUGUGCCCGUCUCUGGUUCAAAGGUCAGUUAUGUGGUUUUAGGAGUCAUCAGCAAAUGACCUAUUCUGUAAUUUUGAAAGGAGGGCAUAAGACCAAAGCAGCAUCAUUUCUACUUGGUCCGUGGGUUCACCAUAGAAAUGACAUGCGGCACAUACAUAAAUAUAAUUCUUCCUCCACCAAACAUGCACUUCAUGUGGUCUUAUUUAUCAGUAACAGGAUUCCAAAUGUUUUGGCAGAGAAAAGGAUUUGUGAGGAACUGUUGCUCCUCCUCUUUGGUCUUCUAAGGACUCGUCAUUGAGAGCAACUUUUAUGGUCGGAGAAAUUCUUUAAAGUGGUUUGGCUGCUUUCAGGCAGGAUGAGGCAGCUGACUUCAUGUUGGCCUACAGACUGACGCGCCAAAGCUCCGGAAGAAACAGAAAAGGAGGGGCCUCCAUUAACUCCUAUCUGAAAUGUAGAAGGGGUCCAUUGGGAUUGAGUUGUUCUGGCUCUGUAAUAUACAGUGUAUUUAGUACAGGCAGAGAGCCGGUGAAGGUCUGGAAGUGUUUUGGAAAUGCUUCGGUUCCCUCUUUCAACAAGAAAAUGGUUGUUCUAUAUUCUCAAUACUCAAGGGAAUGUAUUGAUGCUGUAACUUGCUUUGUGAAUCUGUAUGCAUGUAUAUUUGGAGGGGAACCAACCGUUGGGCCUAUUCCUGUUUUUCUUGAAGCUCUUUGUUUGAAGAGUGGAGAGGUUUGGCCUCUGUGGCAGAGGGGGGAGGGGAGCUUAAACAAAAGACAUGCCCUUUGUUACUCUAAUGUUUAGGGAAAUGCUGAAAACAAGCCACAAAAAAAUGGCUCAUCCGAAGUGACAUUGAAUCAAAUUAGCAUUUUAGCUAACAACUUGGGCUUGUUUUAAAGGGCUUGGCCACAUGUUUGUUAGAAGCAGGAGAGCCCAGAACACAAGGACAAACAUGGUGUAUCAGACUGCCUGAGGCUAAUUUAAGAUCACAUUUUCACUUUCAAUUCACGUUGGCUGUCUGAGAGAUACAACAUGCUUUUAUUCUCUUAACAUCAGUGUCAAAUGGAGUUUUGUUUUUUGUUCAUCCAAAGCAGCUAUUUUACUAUUUGGUCUUUUAACAGAAGCAGCUUUCUAAAGUCAAUUUCAUGUUGAUCGCUGUGUCAUCUUCUAAACGUAUGGUUUGUAGAACUCCAACUGUUGUAAUGUGGUGUAGAUUUGAAAUUGGAAAAACAACAUUCAUUUUGUGUCAACUGACACUAUUAAAUAGCGUGCGCUCAAUUGUUGCACGUGCAUGCAUCAUUACAUGCUAUAUACAUGUAUAAACGCGUGUCCUUGUCGAGAGCCUAAGAAGUGGUACUUUAGCAUUGUGUCUCAUGGGUACGGCAGCACGCUGUCCUACACGUCCUGACGAGGGGCCCCCAGCCUCGAGGCCCAGUCAGGGAGCGCCUCCCGCCACACGACUGCGGAUAACCAGCAAGGCUCAGCUCCAAUUGACUUCAAGGUUAAAGGCAACUUGGCUGAUUAUGCUGUUCAUCUUCGCCGCUUGGGAGGAAAGCUGCUAAGGUCAAGGGUGACAUAUGGCAGCCCCCCCCUUCACAGCUCAGGUUUGACUUCCUAUUUCCAUCAACAAGCAAGGUUAUGCCAUUCAGACUGAAAUGAUGUCAACAACUCUCCUAUAUGUUGGUAUGCAGCAAACAUUAGGGUUACUUUUGUUAGAGAAAGUAUCUCACAAUGACCUCAGAAAAAUAUCUUCAACCAGGAAAGUAUUGCUAAUAAAAACCUGCAUGUAUAUAGUAGGAUUAGUUGGGUUUACUCUUUUAUUCCCUAGCAGUUAACUCCCGGUGAACUAUAAAGAAUAUUAAUGCUCAAAUCUGCAUGUAAACACAGAUCCAAUUACAACACCGUGGCCAGGUCCGUCCUCUACGCCCUGCCUUUGACACGGUGACAUAUGGUAGUAAACUCUCAUGGUAUUGGAGUAAAGUAACCUGGGAGAUGGCGAGGCUGUCUUUGAUCACACCAACAGGUUCCACUUGUCAUAUUUCUACCUGCUUACCAACCUGCCUGACGUGAAGGCUCAUCUGCUGUUUCUGUGAAUCUCUCUUUAUGUUGUGUUUGAAUGUGAAAAGCUUCUCAUAUGUGACUUAAUGCAGCCGGGUCAUUAGCAUUCUCAUGGGGGGUUGGGUCCCGGAGAGCUUGGGGUGGGGUGCUGCUGCUGCUGUGAGAGUGAACAACAAGUGUUAUUAGUAGGGUGGAGCUGUGGAGAGGGGCGGGCUGGGAGACUGGCCGGAUGAUCAAGACCGGCUUGUCCACUGUAGUGUGAGGAUCAGGUAGAGAAGAGGCUGCUGGCUUCACACAGCAUCAGGUUGGCUAGUAGAGCUUAGGGUGAGGCACACCGGUGAAACACUGGAUGCUUCUCGCUAUGGCCCCCUUACCAGGCCACUGGAGGGGAUGAAGGAAGAGAACCCACUGGAUGGUAAGACACCUCUGUAGCUCUCACAGGUUUUAAGUCUGCUUACCAACAUAUGGGCAGAAUCAUGUCAGAAAAUGUGAAAUUCAGCUUUCCUACAAGGUGAAUUUCAAUUGGAUGGCCAUUCAGGUCAAAGGUGCAAGUAGGACACUGGAGAAGGGUUCUACUACCUUGUUUGUAAGAGUUGGGAUUGGUUUGUUCCAUAGCUUGUUAUCUUACUCAGGGCAGUAUAGGUAAACAAAAUGCCAAAGGAAGCAGCCACCAAAGUAUCCAGUCUAACAUGGGCAACAUCUUAAUUGAAUGUGAACUAUGAUUGAUCAAAGAAUAAGUCGACUACAUUAUGAAUCUUACCAAACAUUUAAUGUUGGCAUUCAGUACUUGACAGUCUUCAGUACUCUGUGCCACAGACGUGUGUCAGCAUCAAAAAGUACCUGCGUUCAUUACGAGUUCUUUUACUUUUAACAGUAUUGAUUCAUUGUUUCAAUCCAUGUUCAGAAUAUGCUGUUGGAGUGACUAAAUGUAUCUUUGGUAUACAGAAGUAUUUAUUCUCAUUAUUGGAUAAACUAACAAUCAUUUUCUUAAAUUCACUUAGUGAUAUUUUUUUAUUUAGAAUAAGGAAAUGGACACAGAACAUAGGGAUAGAGGGGGGGCGACAUGCAAAGAACGUCCUGGCCGGAAUCGAACUAGACAAUGCAGUUGUGAAGUUUGCCAUUUUGACCACAUCUGACAUCCACUUUUGAAUGCAGUGUUAGUCCCACGUGAGGAGUGUAUUGGACCAGAGGAGGAAGAGGACCCACCUAGCGUCCCACUUGUCUCCAUCUCAUUGGCCCUCAGCUCCUCUUGCUCACUCUGCUCAGUUUGUAACCCGUCAAGAUUUGAAACUUCAACUUUACCAUUCGUCCCUGAUGCACUAAGUUCUUCAAUUUGCUAAUGUCUGUGUGUUUUGUCAGCUUGAACCUGUUUAUGUUUGGACAUGCACUUUGGUCCGCCUCAGAAUUGCCAGAGGCAUGGUUAAGGGGUGGGGAGGCUAAUUUGGGUGAGGGCUGGGAGGGGAGUAGUAUUGUUGAACGGCAGCGAAAAUAGGACUAUCAGUUCCACUCAGAUAACCCCUAGCUGUCAUUGGACCUCAAGCCAAGCCGUGACCCCAGGGCUUGAACUCUGUGGUCAUGUGACCAGGCAAUAAAGUGACCAGUGGCGUUGCUGGGCUCUGGCUGUGGUCAGAGAGGGACAGGCUGUCGGGGAAAGAGGUUGCUGGGAGAAAGAACAGAGAGAGGCAGAGAAAGAAAAGAGUCAUGAGGCAGCCGGGCCCAGUGGCUUCUUAUUUUAGCCAAGUCCUUGCUUGAAUGGGGUCCAGGCAGACUGGGAGAAGCAUGAAAUGGAUACAUGGGAAGAUGAUCCGGCUGACCAGCGUACUUGCCUUAUCUGUGGAGAUCGCGCCACAGGCCUGCACUAUGGCAUCAUCUCCUGUGAGGGCUGCAAGGGCUUCUUCAAGCGCAGCAUCUGCAACAAGCGCGUGUACCGCUGCAGCCGCGACAAGAACUGCGAGAUGUCGCGCAAGCAGCGCAACCGCUGCCAGUACUGCCGCCUGCUCAAGUGUCUGCAGAUGGGGAUGAACCGCAAAGCAAUCAGGGAGGAUGGCAUGCCAGGAGGGAGGAACAAAAGCAUCGGGCCUGUUCAGAUCACAGAGGAGGAGAUAGAGCGGAUCAUGUCAGGCCAGGAGUUCAAGGAGGACGCCCCGGAGCACACCUGGGGCAACAACGGCGACAGCGACCACAGCUCUCCAAGCAACGGAGCCUCGGAGGGCAACCAGCCGUCACCCGCCUCCACUCUGUCAUCCAAUCGCUCUGUGGAGAUGAAUGGCUACACGGCGGCCCUCAGGGACCAGUACAUCAACACCUCCAUGUCCACACACUACCAGAUCCUGCCUCACCUGUUCAGCUACACUGCCCAGUCUGGCCUGCUGGCCCCCCAGCCCCGCAGCCUCUACCCACAGUCCCACCCACUGGUGCUGCAGCUGGUGGCUGCUGAAGACCUGGCCCCCCUGGCAACCCCUAUGCUGAUAGAAGAAGGGUACAAAGUGACACAGGUGGAGCUGUUUGCCCUGCUGUGUCGUCUGGCAGACGAGCUGCUCUUCCGCCAGAUCUCGUGGAUCAAGAAGCUGCCGUUCUUCUGUGAACUCUCCAUAGAGGACUACACCUGCCUGCUGAGCUCCACCUGGCAGGAGCUCAUCCUCCUCUCCUGCCUCACCAUCUACAGUGCCCAGAUUUUCGGAGACCUGGCCGAUGUCACCGCCAAGUACACGCCGUCUGACGACGAGCUGCAGGGCUUCAGUGAGGAUGGUAUGGAGGUUAUGGAGCGGUUGAUAUAUCUGUUUCGCAAGUUCCACCAGUUGAAGAUCAGUAAUGAGGAGUAUGCCUGCAUGAAAGCCAUCAACUUCCUCAACCAAGAUAUCCGAGGACUGUCCAACACCUCCCAGCUGGAGCAGCUCAACAAGCGCUACUGGUAUGUGUGUCAGGACUACACCGAGUACAAGUACCCGCACCAGCCCAAACGCUUCCCCGAAAUCAUGAUGUGUCUCCCGGAGAUCCGCUGCAUCGCAGGGAAGCUGGUGAACGUCCCUCUGGAGCAGCUCCCCCUCUUGUUCAAAGCAGUCUUGCACUCCUGCAAAUCCAGCCUGACCAGCUACAGGACCGGCCCGUCGCCAUGCGUGACCACCUCCUCCGGAAACUAGACCCUGGCCCCGAGUCGAGGGACCGGUCUCCCCUCUUGUGAAUGUGACAAGCAGCUAGUUUGUUUUUUGUAACUUUUUUCUUUAUAUAUUUAUUACACGACAGAGCUGAAUGUAUGCUGAUUUACACUGUGCACAUGCUUCUGUACAAAACAAAUGCUCGUAGAUGCAUUGGUCUUUGGAGUUUACAAGUGUGUAUCCAGUUUGCUCAAUGUGUCAGUGUUGCUAUUGUUAGAGCUAGACUUUAAAAGAGUUUAUUUUAUUCAGACGUGGAAGGAUAGACACAUGUGACGAGUGUUUUGAGACUACCUCAGGAAAAUGUUGUUGCUAUUUUCAGGUACCUUUUCUUUCUGUUAAAUGAAGAGCUGCCCAGUAUAAAACCAGAUCCCUGUGGACGCUUUGGCACCUCAAUCACAGACUGAAUGUUCAAAGGAGCUGCAGAAAUCAAACAUUUAAAAACAGUGUUUUGUUGCACUGAAAAUGCAACGUGAUUAGCAAACUUUAGCUACUUUAUCGGCGUGGACUCUCAGACAUCCUGCUAAUGGGAGGCGGUCUUGUCAAUUUAACAUUCCAUGGGUUAGGGUGACAGUUGUUGGAUUUGUGGGAUCUUCAUUAAAAAAGGAGCUUACGGGUAUUUUUUACAAUCAUAGACUGGGGAUGUAAGGCUUUAUUGCAGGGGAAGGGAGGAUAGCUAGGUUUGGUGUUUAGUUUUAGUGUUUUUCUUUUUUUGACCAAAGUGUUAUGCAAUGCUUUAUUCAAACACACCCAGUGAUGGGUCGGGGGCUGAUAGCUGCCCCCAAAAAAGUUUCUUAUUAAUGAAGGAUCAGGAUAAGAAAUGAAUCAAUCUGUGUCCGAGGGGAGAACCCUCUGCUGGACAGACAAGUACGUUGCUGGAGUUCAUUGUAAAUGCUGCUGAACAUGCACACAGCCUUGUGCACACGUAUAUGCAUAGAGCAGAUGUGAUGAUUGAUAUUCCCUCGGCUUCUUGUCAGAUGGCUUGUUUGUUUGGGCUCUGCCGCCUUCAGUGCCAGGACCCUUGAUGCAGUGUUGGCCUACUCUCAGCACGCCAUCACCUAACUUUAAGGACCGCCGUACGGUCCGCUUCAUUUAAGAUGAGGCAUGAAAUCUGGCUUUUUUCAAUUUAUUUAGAACUAACCAAGAACUAGAGAAAGACAUUGCCUUGUGCGAGAGAUUUUAAUGGGUCAAAAAGAUGUAUAGAAGUGGAACUGACCACAACCGGAUUCAAGUCUGAACAGGAGCCAAAUCAACCUGAGUCGACUAACGGUGCUCGACACUCUGUGUUUGCUGCCUCCGGUUCAGUGGAAGCUGCUGUAGAGCGCUAGCUUCUGUUAGCGUAUCCAGCUUCAAAGCGGUCAGAACCAAUUGGCCCUUUCAAACGUUUCAUUGGCCAGUUCAUGCCAGUAUUAGAGGAGUUUACACUGUUUUCAGGUCUUGUCAGGUCCAAUCAAAACUUUGCACAGACCCGAGACCAGUAGCAGUUUGAGUGUGACCUGUUCCAGGUCCAAAGGACUCUAGAAAGUGUGGACUUGAGACUUGGUUCAGGUCUAGUCCUCUGGCUUAACUCGCCAAACAAUUAUUUCUUUUCUGAACUCGCUAAUGUUCAGGAAGUUUGCGGAUUAUUACUUUUGGGGAUGGAUUCAGUGCGAUUGAUCCGGGCCAUGCCUCAGUGAAUCCAGGCUUGGUAUAGAGAGUUUAGGUGACUUGCCUCCGGUUUGUGUCCCCUCUGUCAGAUAUGCACAUUGUUUAAAAGAAGCCAUAGAAAAUGGUCUUUAUUUUUGAAGUAUACGAGAUGAUCAUUUCAAACCGCUUGAAGUGUCUUCUUGGAUUCCUCAAGGCUUUUGCCGUUUCAUGACGUACGAACAAUUUGAAAUGCAGAGAAAAUGCAGUCCUCGCAGCGACUCUUUUUUGCACACAACGGUGAGGUUCGGAGACCUUGACCUUUGACCUCGGCCACUGCCCACCCAGUGUGUUCCUCUCUCAGGUCCCUGCCGGCCUGAAUCUAAACAGGGUAAAGUGAGUGUUAUGUAUUGCAUUCAGGAGUUCCUCAGCGACCAUGCUGAUGUACUUGUAGUAUUAGUAGAUGUAGGUUCCAGGACAUUGUAGGUCCUUUGUAGAAGUGUUUUUCUGUUUUUCUUUUUCUACUUUAUCUCC